AUGCUGCUUGACGCCUCCAAGUUACAGAUCGAAAAGACCACCACCCCGAAGCCCAAGUUGCCCAACGACCAGUUGGUGUUUGGCAAGACGUUCACCGACCACAUGUUGGAGGUCGAGUGGACGAAAGAAAACGGGUGGGGCGCCCCGAAGAUCCUGCCCUACCACAACAUCCUGCUCGACCCGUCGGCGGUGGUGUUCCACUACGCCUUCGAGUUGUUCGAAGGGAUGAAGGCCUACCGCGACGCCAACAACCAGAUCCGCACGUUCAGACCCGAGAAGAACAUGGACAGAAUGAACAAGCUGGCCGAACGUAUUGCUUUGCCCACCUUCGACGGCGAAGAGUUGGCUAAGUGCAUCGACAAGUUGGUGCUUUUGGACCAAGACUUUGUCCCUCAAGGUGCCGGCUACUCGUUGUACCUUAGACCGACGAUGAUCGGCACCACCGCCUCCCUCGGCGUCGGUGUGCCUGACCGGGCGUUGAUCUACGUCAUCGCUUCCCCCGUCGGCCCUUACUACUCGCUGGGUUUCAAGCCCGUGCUGUUGGAGGCCACCGACUACGCCGUGCGGGCCUGGCCCGGCGGGUGCGGCAACCGCAAGUUGGGGGCCAACUACGCCCCCUGCAUCAAGCCCCAGUUGGACGCCGCCAACAAGGGCUACCAGCAGAACUUGUGGUUGUUCGGCGACGAAGGCUACGUCACCGAGGUCGGCACCAUGAACGCCUUCUUCGUGUUUGAAACCGAGGACGGCAAGAAGGAGCUCGUUACUGCUCCUUUGGACGGGAUGAUCUUGGAAGGGGUCACCCGUGACUCGAUCUUGGAAUUGUGCCGCGAAAGAUUGCCCAAGGACCAAUGGAUCGUGUCUGAACGUAAGUUCACCAUCGGCGAAAUCAAGGAAAAGGCCGAUGCCGGCAAGUUGGUCGAGGCCUUCGGCGCCGGUACCGCCGCCGUGGUGUCGCCGAUCAAGACCAUCGGCUGGAAGGGCGAAGACAUCAACGUCCCCGUGGGCUCGGGCUCCGCCGGCGACUUGACGUUGCAAGUGAACGAGUGGAUCAAGAAGAUCCAGUACGGUGAAGAAGAGUACAAGGACUGGUCGAGAGUCGCCAAAUAA